ACACGUAACUUCCCGUGCGUCUUCUUCCUUGGUAAUCACAAUACAUACAUGUAAACCUGGAAUCUUAUCGUCUUUCACUUCAAUCUUAUUAUCUGAUCAAUCUCUCAAUACACCAUGGCAAAGCUCCCCGUCAGGUUCAAUAGCAUGCGAGCAGUAUUCAACGAGGCAGCUCAGAUGAGGCUUUGCGAGAGCAGCGGGAGCGAGCACUACUCGCCGGAAACUUCUCCUGAUCUUUCUGACCUUGUCAAUUCUUUUAUUGAAAGAGAUUAUAGAAUCCAAGGAGACUACGCAAACAAUCAUGAUCUGGAAUCCGAUUCCAAACUCGAACUAUUGGAAAGUUGUGGCUUUGAUUAUGAGAACAAGAAUACAUUGGAGAAUUUGCUUAAUAACAAUGACGACGAAGAUGCCAAAAGAAGGAUUCGAUCCGAGACACAGCUUGCGUGUGGCACCAUUGGGGAAAGGACUUCACAUGGGUUCAAGCGCAGAUUGAUGUCUCGUUUACGAGAUCAAGGCUUUGAUGCUGGUCUUUGCAAAUCCCGAUGGGAGAAAUUUGGGACGCACCCUCCUGGACAAUACGAGUAUGUUGAUGUGAAUAUUGAUGGGAAUCGCUUUAUUGUUGAAGUGUUCCUAGCAGGAGAAUUCGAAAUUGCUCGUCCCACCGCCGGCUACGCUACACUACUCGAUGUAUUUCCACAGGUAUUCGUUGGCAAGCCUGAGGAGCUCAAGCAGGUUGUGAGAUUAAUGUGCAGUGAAAUAAGACGGUCGAUGAAAGAGAUGGACUUGCAUGUCCCACCAUGGAGGAGAAAUGGGUACAUGCAGGCCAAAUGGUUUGGUCCCUACAAGCGGACAAUCAACGAAAUUCCGGUUUCAAAGAUACCAGAACUCAACGGCUCUUUUGCAGCAAAACAGUCAAUUGGGUUUGAGGAUUUGCCAGUCAAGGCUUUCCCAGUUAAGGCUUACCACUGCCGGGAUGAUUUUUCUAGUAAUAAGAUGUGCCUUAAAGUUGGCUAUUUGACUGCUGCAUUCCAUGGCACUGGUUGAUAUCAUAGCCUCACAGUUGGCCGAGUUCAGAUCUCGGCUGGGUUUUAGCAGAAUGCUUUCAGAUGGUUAUUUAUUGGGUUUUGUUUUCCUACUGCCCGCGUUAAGGAAGUUGCGGCGGAAGUUUAAGUAAUUGGAUUGGAAUUGGGCUUUUUGCCCAUAAUGUUGGUUUUUGAGUUCGAGGAUACCAGUAGUAGUCAGAGGUACCUUAAAAUAAAUAGAGGGAUGUACAGGGUAUGUGAAUGCCAAGUCAUAUUCACUAGGGAGAAGAUCGUCACCAAGAGAAUUGUCCCAAAAAAAAAAAAAGAAAUGAGUUGAAUUAAAUCUUUAUAUUUUUUCUGAUUUUUUUUAUCAA